AUGGGGAAAGCAAUCUUUGAUUUGGAGAUAUCAUUUGCAUCAGGAAAAUUGUUUAAGCAAGCAAUUAGGGAGUACGCCCUACGUGAAGGAAAGGAUAUAUUCUUUAAGAAGAAUGACCCUCAUAGAGUUAGAGCACAGUGUAAAGGAGUUAACUGUCGAUGGAUGUGUUAUGCUUUCAAAAUUGAUGAUAGCCUCACUUUUGUCAUCAAAAGCUAUGAAGCAGAACACAAGUGUUGUAGAACUAAUAGUAACAGAUGGGCAACUGCUCAAUGGUUGAGUGCAAAAUACAGGGAAGAGUUCAAGGUCAAUGAAAAUUUAGGUGUCUCGUCAUUUCAGAAGAAGGUUAACAAGGAUCAUGUGCUUGAAAUAUCUAGGCAUAAGGCAUAUAGAGCUCGACUUCUUGCAACUAAAUCGAUUGAAGGGAGCUAUGAGGAACAAUAUGCUGCUCUAUGGGACUAUGCAGAAGAAAUCAAAUACACUAAUAAGGGAUCAACAAUAGAAUUCUUGACAGAAAAUGCUGAGAAUGGGGUUCCACGGUUCAAAAGGAUGUACUUGUGCUACUCUGGGUUAAGAGAGGGUUUUAAUGAGGGUUGCAGGCCUGUUAUUGGUUUGGAUGGUUGUCAUAUAAAAGGUGUACAUCCAGGUCAGCUUUUGACAACAAUUGGAGUAGAUGGGAACAACCAAAUGUUUCCUAUUGCAUUUGCCGCGGUGGAAAUAGAGAACAAAGAUUCAUGGAGUUGGUUUCUAAAUCUGUUGAGGGUAGAUUUGAAAAUUGAGAACUCCAACCAUUGGACUUUUAUCACAGACAAGCAAAAAGGAUUGGAGCAAUCUUUGAAGGGUAUGUGGGAUGAAGGGGUACCCGAAGCCGAACAUCGUCAUUGUGCUAGGCAUUUGGAGAAAAAAUUUAUCAAGGUAUUCAAGGAUAAAACUCUAAAAGACCUCUUGUGGAAGGCUGCUAGAGAACCAACAAUUUGA